AUGGCAACUUCGGCUCCGUCCCCGAUUCUCGAAGUUCCUCCGCACACGACACCUCAAUUACAUCACAAUCUUGAGCAUGACAGCUCGGUGCUUGCUCUUGUCGUUGGAAAUGAUAGCAUAUACACUGGAACACAAAAUGGAGAGAUUGUUCGGUGGCGCCUAGGCACCUUUGAGAAAAUUAGUCACAUACAAGCCCACAAGCGCAGUGUCAUGUGCCUUUGCUUAUCUGAUGAUGGAUCCCUUCUCUUUUCCAGUGCCAGCGAUCCGAUCGUAAACGUCUGGUGUCCUCAAUCCAUGAAUCGACUAUACGAAAUAUACAGCACCAAUGAUUCGUUUGGCGAUAUCUUCUCCGUUUCCUACUCCUCUCAGCACGAGACUGUUUACUAUGGCGCUCAAAACACGUCUAUUCAGUGGAUUAGUUUGAAGGAACCUAACAGGCGCGUUGGCCACGAUUCGCAAAGCCACCCCGACCGACGGAACCACCGAUUCUUCGAUUCCAGAGCUGUUGGCGGAGCAAGUACUCCGAGACCCACCGACGAACGAUACGAACUAAUACCUCGGCCUCGCGCUGUACUCGAAACUGACAAGCGAGCGAACAAAAUGUUCGCACACUAUGGCUAUGUGUACUGUAUGCUAGUAGCAAAGGGCAGCACUGCUUAUACAGAAGCAGACGAAGAUGUCCUGGUGUCUGGCGGCGGAGACGGCACCAUCAAGGUCUGGAAGCUUGGCGGAAAAGAAAUCGGCCCUGAUGGAUACGAGAAUGGUAUCGAAGAGAUCAUGUCCCUCGGAGAGCAGGAUGCUAUGUCUGUCAUGUCCCUGACCGUUGAUGGAUCAUUUCUAUAUAGCGGAAAACUGAACGGUGUUAUCGAGCUAUGGGACCUUGAUACGAAGCAAAAGUUAAGAGUCAUCAAAGCUCAUAAAGGUGAUGUCAUGGCUAUACAGAUGGGUUGGGGAUAUUUGUGGAGCGCAAGUCGCGCUGGGACUGCUUGCAAGCACAACACGGUUCACUACGGAGAGUAUCAGCGGGAUUCGUCACAGAACGUCAACCAAAAGUACCAAUGCUUGACACAGUGGAAGGCCCAUGACGGCAAAGUCCUAUCGUCCGCCGUAACUACACAUAAUGGAAAUCAGCUAUACAUCACAGGCGCCAACGACAACAGUGUCGCCAUAUGGAUGCUUAAGAGCGAAUGCUCGGCCGAGCAACCGUCACACAAAGAACACGAGGAUAUGAUGUUAACUUCUCUCCGGGAAUUUGUUUCAUUCAGGACAGUAUCGUCUCGGCCUGAAUAUGCCGAAGAUUGUCGCCGAGGUGCUAGCUUUCUACGUACCUUAUUCAAGAAACUUGGCGGCGACGUGGAGAUGCUGAGUGGCGAAGAAGACACACUUCACCAUCCUGUAGUUCUCGCUAAGUUCAGUGGCAAGCUUGAACCAGCUGAAAGACGAAAGAGGAUUCUGUUCUAUGGUCACUACGAUGUGGUUCCGGCAGAAACCAAAAAUGGAAAGUGGAGCCACGACCCGUUUCAGUUAACUGGGACCAACGGGUAUCUGUACGGUCGUGGAGUCAGCGACAAUAAAGGACCUAUCAUGGCUGCACUUUAUGCUGUUACUGAUCUUAUACAGGCUAAGUCAUUGGACUCAGACGUUGUUUUCUUGAUUGAAGGCCAAGAGGAGUCAGGUUCUCGCGGUUUUAAGGAGACCGUCCGCAAACACAAGGAGCAUAUCGGCAACAUUGAUUAUAUUCUAUUGGCAAACAGUUAUUGGCUGAACGAUGACACCCCAUGCUUAACCUAUGGAUUAAGAGGUGUCAUGCAUGCGACCGUCUGCGUCGAGUCGAAGAACCCAGACCUGCAUUCUGGUGUCGAUGGUUCUUAUAUGGUCAACGAACCAUUAUCCGAUCUCAUGACAUUGCUCUCGAAACUCAAAGGACCGCGAAAUCGCAUUAUGAUCCCCGGGUUUUAUAACGGUAUCCUCCCCUUGACAGCGGAAGAGGAAGCUCGAUAUGAUGACAUUUUGUCUGUUCUCAUGGAGCAAGGCGGGAACGAAGUUUCGGCCAGUACACUCAAGGCCAAUCUUAUGGCGCGCUGGCGAGAACCAAAUCUCACCCAUCACAAAGUUAAGGUCUCGGGUCCCGAUGGCAGUUUGAUUAGCAGUCAUGCAAACGCGAAGAUCAGUGUACGAUUGGUCCCUGGGCAAGAGGUGGAGGAAAUUACUAGCUCCUUGACCUCGUUCUUAGAGAAGGAAUUCAACAAUUUAGAAUCCGACAACAAGUUAAGCAUUCAAAUCGACAAUCAAGCAGAGCCUUGGCUUGGCGACCCCAGCAACGAAAUAUUCCGGACUCUCGAAGAAGCGCUCAUAGAGGCAUGGGCGCCUCUAUUUUCUGAUCAUACUUCUGAUGAUAGCUCGAAUAGGAUUAAUGGAAUGAAUGGAGUUGGUACUAAUGGAACUUACACGAAUGGCGGAUCGAAGGUCCGCAAACCCCUCUACAUCAGAGAAGGUGGAUCAAUUCCAGCCAUCCGAUUCUUAGAAAAGGAAUUCAAUGCGCCCGCUGCACAUCUGCCGUGCGGACAGUCUUCUGACUCGGCACAUUUAGACAACGAGCGACUAAGAGUUGUAAACUUGCUGAAGAGCCGGGAGAUCUUUAGCUACGUCUUUAAGAAGCUUUAG